CUCACCUCUGCUCUCACCUGGACCAGACCCAACAACUUCACACAAUUGGGCUUUGGUACUUAGUAAAGGAAACCUUUCUAGGCCCCUUACCCUCCUUCCGUGCGUCUUCACUCUCAACCCGACCGACCGACAUCAUGCCACCCCCACAUCUACAUCCCAGGUCCCGAAUGACCUCGUCCCUCUUCGCAACAACGAUGCUUGCUAGCUUCUUUGUGGUGGCUCUACCCCAUGUCCUUCCAUGUCCUGCCCCAAGGGUCGCCUACGCAGACGGAGAAAUAAUAGAAGACGCGAAUGGCAGGAGGCGGCGGAGGCGGAGAGUACAGCCGCAAGAGCCCGUGAUCAGGGACGGCAUAGUACAUUUCGACGGUCUGGCCCAGGAAGACUUGAUGGAGCAGGAAGGGAGGAGAGGCAAACGCGAAUGCCCCGUUCCCAAACCCGGCGGUCGGGUGGGCGAGCUCCUAGGCUUUCGGAAGGCGGACGACGAGGACAACACUGGCAGCAGCAGCAAGCCAUAACAUCGAGCUCCGCAGCGCCACACUCGACAUCGACAAGGCUUAUGCAGUGCGCUCGCCUCUUGGAUGUCGACAAUGUCCAGGUCGAAUGGACCUAAGAGACG